AUGGCAAUGCGUGUCAUGAGAUUGCUGCGCGCCGCCACCUUCGUCAUGAUUGCAAUGGUCUCCUGGGGAACGCACGGCAGUGCCAGCGACGAGGCCAGUUCUCUGCUCGCUUUCAAGGCUGAGCUCGCUGGCAGCAGCAGCUCUGGUGUGCUGGCCUCCUGGAACGCCAGCACCGGCAUCUGCAGAUGGGAAGGCGUGGCGUGCAGCGGCGGCGGCCAGGUGGUGUCGCUGAGCCUGCCCUCCUACGGGCUCGCCGGCGCGCUCUCCCCGGCCAUCGGGAACCUCACGUUCCUGCAGACGCUGAACCUGAGCUCCAACUGGUUCCAGGGGGAGAUUCCGGAGAGCAUUGGCCGCCUAGCGCAUCUGCAGGCGCUGGACCUGAGCUACAAUGCGUUCUCCGGCACGCUGCCCACCAACCUCAGCUCCUGCGUCAGCUUACUGCUGUUGAGCCUCAGCAGCAACCAAAUCCAUGGGCGCAUCCCUGUCGAGCUCGGCAACAAGCUCACGCAUCUUCGGGGGCUCUUAUUGGCCAACAACAGCCUGACGGGCGCCAUCCCAGGAUCACUAGGUAACCUUUCAUCCCUGGACUACCUUGAUCUGACAGAUAACCAACUCGAGGGUCCGGUACCACAUGAGCUUGGCAGCAUUGGAGGCCUCCAGACCCUUUUCCUCUUUGGGAACAGCCCAUCGGGUGUGCUUCCACAGUCCCUGUACAAUCUGUCAUCGCUGAAGAACUUCAGGGUAGAAUUCAACAUGCUGUCUGGAACUAUCCCUGCUGAUAUUGGCGACAGGUUCCCUGGCAUAGAAACCCUUAGCUUCUCUUACAACCGGCUACAAGCCAACGACAGUCAAGGGUGGGAGUUCAUCACUUCCCUGACGAACUGCAGCCAGCUUCAGAAUCUGAUUCUUGGCAACAACUCUUUCAGUGGUAAAGUGCCCGGUUCAAUCGCCAACCUAUCGACGACUCUCGAAACUCUUUAUCUGGGAGACAAUAGGAUUUCUGGAGCUAUUCCAUCGGACAUCGGCAAUUUGGUUGGUCUGAAAUUACUUGAGAUGGCAAAUAACUCCAUAUUUGGAGCGAUCCCGGAGAGCAUUGGUAGGCUAGAAAACUUGGUUGAGUUGGGCCUUUGCAACACUAGCUUGUCAGGCCUCAUACCUCCAUCACUAGGAAAUCUUACACAGCUGAACAGGCUUUAUGCAUACUAUGGCAAUCUAGAGGGGCCCAUUCCAAGGAGCCUGGGAAACUUGAAGAAUGUAUUUGUCUUUGAUCUGUCAACAAAUCGACUCAAUGGUUCAGUUCCCAAAGAGGUGCUAAAACUUCCUCAGCUUUCUUGGUACUUAGACUUAUCAUACAAUGCAUUGUCUGGGCCACUCCCAGUUGAAGUUGGUAGCUUGGCAAACCUUAACCAACUGAUUCUAUCAGGAAACCAGUUGUCAAGCAGCAUACCUGACAGUAUUGGAAAUUGCAUUUCACUGGAACGGCUGCUGCUGGAUCAGAACUCAUUUGAGGGAAUCAUACCUCAAUCUCUGAAGAACUUAAAAGGUCUCGCCUUACUGAACCUGACCAUGAAUAAGCUGUCUGGUAGUAUUCCUGAUGCCCUUGCUAGUAUUGGCAACCUGCAACAGUUGUAUUUAGCACACAACAACUUUUCAGGUUUGAUUCCAGCAGUUCUACAGAACCUGACACUAUUGUCGAAAUUGGAUUUGUCCUUCAAUGAUCUCCAAGGUGAAGUGCCAAAAGGGGGUGUUUUUGCAAAUGCAACGUCCUUGUCGAUUCACGGAAAUGAUGAGCUUUGUGGCGGAGCGCCUCAACUACAUUUAGCUCCAUGCUCCAUGGCUGCUGUGGAUAACAAAAGACAAGUGUCAAGAUCCCUUAUGGCCACCCUAAUAUCAAUUGGCGCACUUGUAUUCUUAGGUGUACUAGUUGCUCCUAUUCAUUUGAUCCACAAGAGGUUCAGACAAAGAAAGGCAAGCCAACUCGUUUCCACACUAAUUGAUGAACAGUACGAAAGGGUUUCUUAUCAAGCAUUGUCAAAUGGAACUGGUGGUUUCUCAGAGGCUAAUUUGCUCGGACUAGGAAGCUACGGUGCUGUUUAUAAAUGCACUUUACAUGAUCAGAUCAUCACCUGUUAUUCAAGCAUCAAUCAUCAAGGUGAAGAAUUCAAGGCACUGGUUUUUGAGUUCAUGCCGAACGGUAGUCUAAAUGAUUGGCUGCAUCCAGUAUCUAAAGUACACACUCUGAGUAAUACGCUCAGCCUAGCUCAGAGACUAGACAUUGCUGUAGACAUCAUGGAUGCUCUAGAAUAUCUUCACAAUCAGUGUCAGCCACCGGUAGUCCAUUGUGACCUCAAGCCAAGUAACAUCCUCCUUGCAGAGGAUAUGAGUGCCCGGGUUGGAGAUUUCGGCAUAUCGAAAAUCCUUUCUGAUGGCACUAGUAAAACCCUCCUAAAUUCAGUCAGCUUCACUGGACUGCGGGGCUCCAUUGGUUAUGUCGCUCCAGAGUAUGGCGAGGGUCGAUCUGUCUCAACUCUUGGGGAUGUCUACAGCCUUGGCAUACUGUUGCUUGAGAUGUUCACCGGGAGGAGCCCUACUGACGACAUGUUCAAAGACUCGUUGGACCUUCAUAGGUUCGCCGAAGCCGCUCUUCCCAAAGGAGCCUCGGAGAUAGCCGAUCCAGUAAUCUGGCUGCAUGAAGAAGCUAAGGCAAAAGAUACUGCUGAUGCUGCCAAAAUUAGAAGCCGGAGCGAGGAGUGCUUGGUUUCAGUGAUCCGGCUCGGCGUCUCCUGCUCAAAGCAGCAGCCAAGAGAGCGAAUGGCGAUGCGGGAUGCUGCUGUGGAGAUGCGUGCGAUCAGAGACGCGUACCUCAUGGUUGCCAGCUAG